AUAUGCCAACGCGCAUGACUUCCGUCAGUGAGCACGUCGGCAACGUUGCUGUUGACGGAAGAAUUCCGCUGUAAUGUGAAUCAGCUGUUUGCCGCCGGCUGUUGUUAGUAAUCGAACUUUGCGCAGAGACUCAAGAUGUCGUGGAUCAAAGAAACGAAGCUCACAUGGUUACAAUCUGUCGGCAUCCGAGUUCUAAAAGCUGGAAAGGUACCGUCGCACUUGGCUGUCAUCAUGGAUGGGAACCGGCGUUUCGCUAGGAAGCAAAACAUGCGCUCUGUGGAGGGUCACGUCCAAGGCUUUGACAAAUUAGCCGAGGUCCUUUAUUGGUGCUCCGAACUGGGUGUCACCGAGGUAACAGUCUAUGCGUUUAGCAUCGAAAAUUUCAAGAGAUGCAAGGACGAAGUGGAUGGCCUGCUGGACCUGGCUGUUCAGAAACUGAAAAACAUGUUGAACGAAAUGGACAAGAUCCACGAGCACGGAGUUUGCAUCCGCGUGCUUGGAAAUUUGUCCUAUUUGCCGGUGGAGUUACAGAAAGUUGUAGCCGAAGUUGUAUGCCAAACGCAAGCGAACUCGAGGUGCUUUCUCAACAUAUGCCUGUCGUACACUUCUCGGGACGAAAUAUGCAAGGCAAUGCAAGAAUUGGCCACAGGAGUUGAGAAUGGCACCUUGUCGCCAAGUGAUGUCAGUGAAGAUGCCUUAAGCCAAGCCAUGUAUAGCCGCAAAAGUCGAGACCCCGAACUGCUCAUUCGAACCUCUGGGGAAGUUCGCCUAAGUGACUUUAUGCUGUGGCAGAGCAGUCGAUCGGUUAUUGAAUUCACGACAGUACUCUGGCCCGAAUUCACCAUAUGGCAUCUGCUUGCCGCAGUUCUCUGCUACCAACGGCAGUGUGGCCUUUUGGAGGCAUUCAAGACCACAAGAGCAAAGGAGCUGCAAAAUGCAGAUGACAAGAGCUUGCAGAGGUUCACAGAUGAUGUGGAGGAAAGAUGGCAGGAAAGGCUGCGGCUCAUGAGGCUAGGCCAGACGGUGCAGGAAGUAGUUGUCACAUGAGACCAAUUCUCUAUAAAUGCCCGAAAAAUAUAUUCUGACUUGUUUUCGUUAUCUUA